AUGUCGGUUGCGGCGGCGAGGUCCCCGUCCCCGGGCCCGGCGGCGAGGCCGUGCUGCGGCCUCAGGCGGAGCGCCGACUCCAGCCCCUUCAGGCCCGCCGCGUCCCCGCUCGAUUCUCCGCAGAGGAGCUCCUCCGUCUGCAAGAACGGCAGCGGCCGCGCCUCGCCGCGGCCCUUCUGCGCAGAGAAGGAGAACGACCCGCGGGAACCUGCGAGGACGCACAAGGUCCGUUCCAGCGGUGUCGGCGGCGGCGGCGGCGGCGCGAAGAGCUUCAUGGCGCCCACCAUCUCCGCGGCCUCCAAGGCCGUCGCGCCGUCCGCCUCGCCGAGGAAGAGGAUCCUGGGGGAGCGCAACGACCCCGUCCCCUCGUCCCCGGGCGACCUCGCGCACUGCGCCAAGCCCAGGGGCGCGCCUCAGCACGAUGCCGCUCCUCUGGGCGCGCCCCACCGCCUGCGGCUCUCGCUAGACGGGGCGCCCGCGCCUCCCCCCGCGGCCGCGCCGCCCGCCUCGCGCUCCUUCGGCGGCGACGAGGAGGCGGGGAACCCCGUGUGCGAGAGCCGCCAGGACGGUGGCUCGGCGGCCGCCCCGUACGACCCCAAGACGAACUACCUCUCGCCGCGGCCUCGCUUCCUGCGCUACAAGCCCAACCCCCGCGUCGAGAUGUACCGCCACAGCGGUGGGGGCGGCGUGCGGCGGCUCGAGGAGGGCUUCGCGUCCGAGAGCAGCAGCGACACCGCCACCACCACAGAGGAGGACGUGUCCGAGGAAGAGCGAGAGCAGACGACGCUGUCGUCGGUGCUAGAUGACUUCACGGAGGAGGAGACGUCGGCUCUGGCUCCUGCACCUGAGCCCGGAGUCGAGCCUGCUGCUUCGGCCGUGGCUGGCGUCCUGCAGCCGCAUCCCGCGCCGGAUUCGCCACUAGCUCGCGUGCUGACAACGGAGCAGAUGGAGUCCCCGCGAGCUGGUGGCGUGCUGACACCUGAGCAGGAGCCUGCAGCGAGCCCCGCGCCCGCUCGUCCCAAGAAGAAGAAGAGGUCUCCGCUGAGGUUCCUGCUUGCCCCCUUUGCUCUAGUUCUGUUCGUGGCUGCAGCGUUCAUCUGCAUGCCACCGCCGCCGGGUUCCCCGGUCAUGCUGAACACCUCCCAUUCGAAGGUGUCAGACUUUAUUUUAGUUCAAGAAUUGCAUCCUGUGGAGUUGGCUGCUAGGCUCAAGCAAUGGUCUAGCAGUUCGUUGGACUUUGUCACGUCCUACUGGGAGGCUCUUGCGCCUUCCCAAGAACAAGAGGUCUUUGGUCCGCACUUUGCAGCCAAUUUGAGUGCUGCACCUGCGGUAGAUGCAGAUCAUGCUGUUGGUUUCUAUUAUGGUGCUGCUCAGACAGGCCCAAUCAGUGUGGAGCAGAAGUUGGAGAUUCAGGAGGUUGUUUCAGAGAGUGAUACUGAGAUGAUUGCAGAGCCUGAUGUAGAGAAAAUGGCAAACUUUGGUGAUGCUGAAGUAGAAGAACCUAUUGAUGAUGCUGAAAUGGAACAUGAAUCUGCAGUACCAAGUCUCAUUCAGGAGCCAAAUGACUCUGUUGAUGCUGAAGUAGAAGAACCUAUUGAUGCUGAAAUGGAACAUGAAUCUGCAGUACCAAGUGUCCUUCAGGAGGCAAACGACUCUGUUGAUGCUGAAGUAGAGGAGUUUAACACUGAGAUGGAAGAAGAAGUUUCAGGUAGUAGUGGAGAAGAGAUGGCUCAAGAAGUUUCAGGUAGUGUUAGUGAAGAGAGGGCAGCCUUCAUUCAGAAUUCAGACAUCCCUUCUCAAUCUGCUGCUGAGCCUGAACAAGCAGAGGACAAGGCCAAGUCUUCCUUGCAGCAAGAUGUUCAGACUGAGGACUCUGAAGGUGAUCAUGCUGAUGGCCAGGAGGAUCAGGAUGCGCACCAGGGCGAGAAGUUGGGAUCUGAUAUGUGGUCAAGUUACUUGGACAAAAUCUCAAACCCUGCUGCACUUGGUGCUGCUCUUGCUGCCAUUAUUGUUCCAGCUGUUCUGGCGCUCCUUUAUAUAAGGCAGAAGCAAGCUCGUGUUGCCUUGGACUCCAAUGAACCAGCUGAGCAAGUUGAGCUGGUUGAGCAAGUUGAAAGUCUUUCUGGUUCAGGAAGCAGCGAGGGGUAUGCUGCGGCCAAGAGUUCACAAUUUCAGAAUCCUGUGGUAGAAGAAUCUGAGAAACUUGGUGGCUCUGGUGCCUCACAGUAUAGCAGCAGCUUGUCUUCUGGGCUUGGCAGGAGGAGAAAGGCCAGGGAAGAAGUGAGUUUAGGCCUUGAGCCGGUGGUGUCGAGGAGGGAUUCCACAGCACAAUCCACAGCAUCUUAUGGUAGUUUCACCACAUAUGAGAAGAUCCCUGCCAAGAAGGGAAACAAGGAGGAUGAGGCCAUGACCCCAGUCCGGCGUUCCAGAAGAAAUGUAAAACCACCAGAAGCCUAAGACGAGGGCAGCCGGUCCUCUUAACUACUUCCUAGAGGAUCUAACUCUUUAGAUAUAGCAUACUUGCCACUUUGCUUAAUGUCAUGGACAUGUUUUAGUAUUGGACAGAUGUCAGAUGUGUAUGGCGUGAUAAACAGCUCUCUGCUGUUUUUCCUUCAAAAACGAUUAGGACUUGUGUGUUUAGCAUAACUGCAUAAGAUUUCAUAAUUGAUUGUUAACUUGCUUGU